UCACGCGGUCCGUGACGUCAGCAAAAGUGUUACACACACACAUAUAUGUUCAACACAUGUAACAUCACCGGCUUUCUGACAGCUCCAGAGCUUCAUUUUCCCCCGUCGCACUUUCAGGAGACACCAGCGAAGCGAUCGUCUGUGCGGAACCUUACAACAACAACCUUUGGAGACAACGUUUGGAGGACAGGGUGCCUCUGAUGCAGCUAACUGUACUUAGCUUAGCUAGCAUAGCUGAUGAACUUUCACCAUCUCUGUUGUUAGGGUUCAACUUCAUCCGAUUCGAGCAACAAAGCCUGCCAGGCACAACUUAAAGCCACAGCUAAAACAAAGAACGGACUCGGGACUCUACAAGGGUAAGGGACUUGUUUGCUGGUUGGCAGAUAAAACCCUAUUUCCUCCUUGAGUCGUUCGAGGUCAUCCUGUAGCGUCUAUCUAAGGAAAGCCAGGUGUUAUCUGGAAACUAGCCAUGAAGAGUCUUCCGUAUUUCUGCCGAGGAGAGGUCAUCAAAGGUUUCGGGAGAGGAAGUAAAGAACUGGGAAUCCCCACAGCCAAUUUCCCCAACUCUGUGGUGGACCAUCUUCCAGCAGAUAUUAGCACAGGGAUCUACUACGGCUGGGCCUGCGUCGGUAACGGUGAUGUCUACAAAAUGGUGAUGAGCAUUGGCUGGAACCCUUACUACAAAAACACUAGGAAAUCCAUGGAGACACAUGUGAUUCACACAUUCAAAGAGGACUUCUAUGGGGAGAUUCUCAGUGUUGUCAUGGUGGGCUACAUCCGUCCAGAGAGAAGCUAUGACUCACUUGAAGCCCUCAUUACGGCCAUCAACAACGACAUUGAGGAGGCGAAGGUCAAACUGGAUCUUCCAGAGCAUCUCAAACUGAGAGAGGAUAACUUCUUCACCAGCGCUCUCAGCUCAUUGUCAGACCUGGCCCCCACCACUGCAUCCACAUCACAGACUAUUAUGAAUGGUCACUGACAGCUGGCUGUGACAGCUGCACUUUGUGCACACACAAACACACACACCAGAACAACACAGAAACACCUGUGCUCAUUAAAAUGCACAUUCUCAUUCUGAGAUCUCUUUGCUGUUGCCAUGGCUGCACAUGGACAUAAUCAUAAACAACCAAUCUUUUUUUAUACAAUUUUUAUUUAUUUUUGCUUUAGAAUUUCUGUCUGGCCACCAGUUAAUAGAUCAUGUUUAUUUAUAUAGUCUUACACCUGAUUUGCCUCUUUAAUUACUCUGUAUGAAGCUCCUGGGUCUCACUGGUCCUGCUGUAUAUGUGGAAUCUUUAAUGUGAGAAAACAGAGGUUAGAAUGCCGGUGGCCAAAAAAUACAAGUGGUUUUCUAAUAACCUGUACAUAAACAACAACAGAAAUUGACUGAAGACUCAACUUUGUUAUCACCAUGGUUAAAAUAAAACACAUAUUUUGUCCCUUGCUGCUGCUGUUUAUUUUGGCAUCAGAUGGGAAAGUCUUGGCAUUAUUAUCUGUAACAAAAACAUUGUUAAAUAACUUUAUGCAACACACUGUGGCUCAAUGCAAGUCAAUGCAAGACUUCUCUGUGGAAAUGGGGAUAUUACAUUUAUGAGUUUGAUGGUGUUAUAGUACCCUCAUUCUUCCUUUAAUUUUUCUCUUUAGGAAUUAUAUUAAGUGUUGUCUUUAGUGAUACAAGCCCUCUCCUUCUUACCACUGCCCAUCAGCAGAGUGAGCAUAUAUCAAAAUCGUAAUACUUCUAGACAGAAAAAAUUAGAUAACCUGCAGCUUGGUCAAUCUUCUUAUGACAGACGUGUAAAAAAUUAUGCUUUAGGGUAGGAUAGUUUUCAAAAUCUCACUGGUAACUGACCGCCCAGCAUCAGUUUGUUGUGUUGAAAAAGAUCUGCAGAUGAAACUCAAGAAACACUGACUUCAGUUAUCAAGCAGGUUCUUCUACAGAAUUUCUGAUUUCUAGUGUCUGUUUCCAAAAGCUGCGUUCACUGCAGUUUGUCUAAUACUCAGACCUUCAGUCGAGUGUGUUUGUUACAGAUAGUGAAACAUUGAUAGAGAAGGUAAAUUAGGUCCACACACACUGUUCUCUGCUCUGACAGUUACAAAGGGCAGAGUCCCUGAGGUGUAUGCACAUGAUUCUACACCAUAAAAAUAUAAAGAGAUGAUCAUGCAGAAGUAUGAACAGAAAAAAAUACGCUAUGUAUUAUCUUCAUAUUUUACAGUUUUUCAUGUCUCAUCCCUUAAGGCUGUUCCCAAAUCCCUCUAAGUAGCUCUGAGUACCUCUUAUUUUUUUAAGUGUGUGAGUGUGUGUUCUGCACCUAUUACAGAAAAAAUGAUAUACAAUU